GUCACUUCCUCCUAAGUCCUGAUAUAAGGGCUAUCCACGGAGCUCAGUUGUUAAAGUCUCUGAGGGUGUGAGUCUCAGAUUCCCAAGGAGCCUCAUACAGAGAAAGACAAAGGUUGUGCCCCUGACACUGAGAAGAGAUGAAGCUCUGUCUGAUCCUCUCACUUGUCCUGUUGGGAACAGUGUCCUCCUUUAAUUUGAAGAACGAGGAUCUCAAGAUAGAGACACCAGAGAAAGAAGAGACACUGAAUCAAGAGCAAGUGAUUUCAGAUGAAGAGGAGAGCCUGGCUUCUGGGGAAGAUGACUCCUGGUGGGAGAAGGAAGAAGCCUCGGAGUCAGUCCCAGUCACAGCUACUAAGGAAGAUGAUAAUGUGUGCCCCAAGGAAGAGGAUGUAGUUCAUUUGGCAGGUACCCCAGGGUGUCAGAGCUGCCGAUAUCUGCUAAUCAGACAAGUACAAACAUUUGGAAAUGCUGACGCUGUCUGCCGGAGCUGCUACAGGGGCAGACUGGUCUCCAUCCACAACUACAACCUCAAUUGUCUAAUCUAUAGAACAUCUCAACAACUCAACCAGGCCCAGGUUUGGAUUGGAGGCCAUAUCACUGGUUGGGGUUUCUGUAAGAGAUUCUCUUGGCUUGAUGGGAGCCAUUGGAAUUUUGCUUACUGGGCAAGUGGCCAGCCUGGAAAUGGUGGCGGCAACUGUGUGGCCUUGUGCACCAGAGGGGGUCAUUGGCGAAGAGCUCCAUGUGUCCGGAAGCUGCCCUUUAUUUGCUCUUACUGAACCAGGCCAAUCCAUAGACUUUCCAGUGGCUGCCCCAGAGAAUCCUCUGCAGACUCUGCUGUCAACUCCCUCCCUUCUCCCGCCUGGGAUUCCAGUUCUCCUUCAUUUGCAAUAAAUCAGAGUUCUUGAAAUGA